AUGAAAUACGUCACUGUCAUUGUGAUCGCAUUCAGCUUGAUUCUUUGUAAAACGGGAUUUGCGAUACUUCUAGAGCCGAAUUGCGGAAUUCGAGCUGAAGUCCCCAGUUACAGAACCAGAAUUAUCGGAGGCAGAGAUACACAGAUCGUUUCUCAUCCAUGGAUGGCCUUUCUGCACUACGAUUCCCGAAUUCACUGUGGUGGAACGCUCAUCAAUCGCCGUUUGUAUUAUCAGGACAAUAAUCCUUUUUAUUUCGUUGCUAAUACCUCCCUUUCAGAGUUCGUCCUGACAGCCGCCCAUUGCCUUUAUGGGGUUCCGAAUUUGAAGGUUCGACUGGGAGGAAUAAGUCUUGUUACUAGGGGGAAGUCAUCAUGCCAACUACCAGCAGAGGACUACAUGGUUGAUCUGGGCAUAAUGCAUAAAUACUUCACCCGUGAUAUCUUUUUAAACGAUAUCGCCAUGCUCCGACUGGCCAGAUUUGUGGAGUACAAUGUCCACAUCAGGCCUAUCUGCAUUGUCCUGGAUCCUGCGAGAAAACUCUUGCUGGACAAUAUCACAUCGUUGACGGCCACCGGCUGGGGAAAAACGACAACGGACACGAGGCCCGUUCUCCACGAGACCACCAUUCAGGUUAAGAAUCGGAGCCUCUGCAGCGAGCUUUACCAUGUGCCGUUGGGUCCAAAUCAGAUCUGUGCCGGAGACAGUGCCACCAACACUUGCGAUGGAGACUCCGGCGGACCUUUGGGCGGUAUGGUGAACUACCACGGGACGUUUCGGUUCGUCCAGUACGGACUCACAAGCUUCGGAGACUUGGAAUGCCGGGCUCCGAGUGUCUAUACGGAUGUGAUCACUUAUAGAAAGUGGAUCGAAUUGGUAGUAAACAAAUAUGGCAACGAAAGUUUAUUUUAAAA